AUCAUUGCUGAUUAGUGCAGUGUGCAGUCCAACCGAAUUCGCUAUGACAACUGAAAUAAAAGACAAUGACUUUCACAAUCACAUUGUGGUAGCAAUUGUUAACUGUAAUAAAUAUAGAUAGAGCUUGUAGAAGCCUCUUUCUCCUAACCGGCGAGACAAUUUGGCCAAUUAAAUGAGAAGAAGCGCCAUGCAUAUCGUCACGUGGUUUAUAUAAAGGCAUUUUAAUUAAGUAGUCUCCUUAGUCGUGCGCUGACAGUUCAACAGUCAAUUUGUAGAAUUGAUUUUUAUUUACGUUUUCUUACUUUUUCACAAAGAAAUGGAUUUGGAUUUGACAAAAUUCAUUAUGCAAUAUAAAAUGAAGUGGAAAUUACGUAGUUUGUACAAGGCGUUUAGUCGCAAAAAAGUAGUGGAUACCACUGAAAAAAGUACACUAGCAAGAGUUUUGUCGACUAUUGAUCUCACAGCUUUAGGAAUUGGCUCUACUUUGGGAGUAGGUGUAUACGUUUUGGCAGGAUCCGUCGCAAAAACCAUUGCCGGUCCUGCUGUGAUCAUUUCAUUCGCAAUCGCCGCGAUAGCGUCGAUGUUCGCAGGUCUCUGUUACGCCGAAUUCGGCGCACGAGUGCCCCGCGCCGGAUCUGGAUAUAUUUACAGUUACGUGACAAUGGGCGAGUUUGUAGCGUUUCUAAUGGGUUGGACUUUGAUCCUGGAGUACGUGAUUGGCUCGGCCAGCGUAGUGCGCGGUCUCAGCAAAUAUGUCGAUACACUCUUCGACGAUAGCAUGAAAAAGUUCUUUGAAUCUGCGAUGCCUAUCAAUGUCGACACUUUAUCGUCAUAUCCAGACUUUUUCUCGCUUGCCGUCACUCUGCUAUUCUCAGCGGCUCUUGCUUUUGGAGCUAAGGAAUCCUCGAUGGUGAAUAAUAUAUUCACUCUGGUAAACCUGUGUGUUGUACUUUUUGUCAUAAUAGCCGGUUCCUUAAAAGCUGACAUUAAUAACUGGAACACAAAACCCAACUGUACCGAGACAGAUUGCAAGCUUGGGGAAGGGGGGUUCAUGCCUUUUGGUAUAUCGGGCAUUAUAAAAGGCGCAGCUACAUGCUUCUAUGGAUUCAUCGGCUUCGAUUGCGUAGCUACCACAGGAGAAGAAGCUAAGAAUCCUCAACGAUCUAUUCCCGUAGCAAUUGUCGUAUCAUUAACAAUCGUUUUCUUUGCGUACCUCGGUGUUUCCGUAGUACUCACCACCGUUUUACCGUACUAUGAACAAAAUGUUGAUGCACCCUUUCCUCAUAUGUUCAACGUAAUAGGAUGGGAAUGGGCCAGGUGGUUCGUGACGGUUGGAGCAAUUAGUGGAUUAUGCGCUAGUCUGUUAGGCUCGAUGUUUCCAUUGCCUCGAAUAAUCUAUGCCAUGGCCUCGGACGGACUGGUCUUCAAAUGGAUGGGCAACAUAAGCUCCCGAUUUCAAACUCCGAUCAUGGGAACGCUUUGCGCUGGGCUACUUACAGGCAUUCUAGCAACGAUAUUUGAACUCACACCAUUGAUUAACAUGAUGAGUAUCUGCACGCUGCUUACAUACACAAUUGUUGCGUCUUGUGUACUUAUCUUACGAUACGAGGAAAGUGAAGCGUACGAGAAGAAAGGCGAUCAUAACCCACGGACUUUCAUAUUUAUCGCAAAACAAUUGGUAAAGGCGAACAAAUUAAAUCAUUCUACGAAACUUACGGCACAGAUUGUUACCGCUCUCGUAUGCUGCUAUGUUAUUCUUUGUAUUUGUACAGCCGUAUUAUUAUCAAUGUAUAUCACAGAGAUCGUUGCAGGAAAAGUAACUUUCGUAGUGUUACUUGUAAUUUUAAUUGUUGCACUCGUGAGCACUCUCUUUUUUAUUUAUUUCCAACCUGUCUCCGACAAGAAACUCACAUUCUCGGUACCAUUAGUGCCGUUUUUGCCGGGUGUCAGUAUUCUUAUUGAUAUUUAUCUUAUGAUGACGUUGGAUCAAGAUACAUGGAUACGAUUCGCCGUAUGGAUGGUAAUUGGUUUGGGAGUAUAUUUCUUUUAUGGCAUGUGGCACAGUCAUAUCCGACAAAAAAAAUCAACUGGCAACAAAGAAAAAGACGUCGUUUUUUCUCGUACUACAUAGUAAAUUAACUCUUACUAGUCAUCAUGAGGUCACUUGUGUUCCCGUGUUGCUAACGGCGGUACAGUACAAUAAGGUACAUUAACCCUUAAACACGUAAGUGGGUCUGAGAGACCCCAUAUGAAGAUUUGAACGCUUGCUAUGUGAAGACGGAAUGAGAUAGGAGGUUCGGACCAAGACGUAAAAAAUGUUU